AUGUCAUCGCACAGCGUGUUCAUCUGCGGAGGCUCGUGUUUGACGCGGACGGCCACAUUGCUUCACUGGGGUCUGCUCCUGCAGCUGGCGGUGUGGGGGACGACAGAGGCCAUGCACCCAGACUGUGCCCUGGUGGUCCAGCACAUGAAGGCUCAGGAGGAAUGCAACCAGAUCCUCAAACGGGAGGAGAACAACCGCUCCACCAGGACAGGUUGCCCAACAGCAUGGGAUGACAUUCGUUGCUGGUACCGUGCUGAGGUGGGACAGGUGGUCAGCGUCUCGUGUGCCAAUGUUUCCCAGCUGUUUGGCAACAUCCAAGGUUAUAUCUACAGGAACUGCACUGAGGGUGGAUGGUCCGAGCCCUACCCCUCCUAUGAGGAGGCCUGCACGUUCGCAGAGUAUGAAGAGACAGCACCAGAGACCACAUACUUCUCCAACUUCAAACAGGUGUACACCGCUGGAUACGCUACCUCCCUCAUCUCUCUUAUAUCAGCGAUUUUUGUCUUCACUGUGUUCAGGAAGUUUCACUGCACCAGGAACUACAUCCACAUCAACCUGUUCGUCUCCUUCAUCCUGAGAGCGAGUGCUGUCUUCAUCAAAGAUGGCGUUCUGUUCUCUGAUGAAAACCUGGACCACUGCUUCAUGUCUACCACAUCCUGUAAAUCAGCGGUGGCCUUCUUCCAGUUCAGUAUCCUGGCCAACUACUUCUGGCUGCUGGUGGAGGGAAUGUACCUGCAGACGCUGCUUGCUCUCACCUUUGUCUUCCAGAAGAAAUACUUCUGGUGGUACAUCCUCAUCGGCUGGGGUCUCCCAGCAACAAUCAUAACGGCAUGGAUCCUCACUCGCAACUUCUAUGAUAACAGGGGGUGCUGGGAUGACACAGAUGUGGCCUUCAUCUGGUGGAUCAUAAAAGCUCCAAUAACCGCGUCACUACUGGUGAACUUCAUCAUCUUCAUCAACGUGAUCCGCAUUCUGGUCCAGAAGCUGAGAUCUCCCGGUGUCGGUGGCAACGACACCAGUCACUUCAAGAGGCUGGCCAAAUCCACUCUGCUGCUCAUCCCUCUGUUUGGGAUGCACUACAUGGUGUUUGCCUUCCUGCCAGAAAACACCGGAGCAGAGGCCCGAAUCUUCAUUGAGCUCGGUUUGGGGUCCUUCCAGGGUUUCGUUGUGGCCCUGCUCUACUGUUUCCUGAAUGGUGAGGUGCAGGCAGAACUGAAGAAGAGGUUUUGGAAGUGGCAGACUCAGAGCUACCUGAGCUACAGUAAGCGACGGCGUACGUUGUUCACUGAAAGCAGCACGGUCACUCAGAUAUCCGUCCUGGACAAAUCCAGCCCCAAAGAUCAGCCGGCCUCGGAAACACACGCCCUCACAGCCAGCAACGUCUCCACGGUCUGA